UUUUUUUUUUUUUCUUUAAAGAUUAUCAUUAUGGUAGUCAAUGAAUUUGAACCUGAUGACGUUUUAAGAGAUUUAAAUAGAAAAUUUGCCAAUGUUUCUUUAGAAAACCAAAUUGAUGAUACUGCAAAAGUAGUAUUAAAUAGUAACGAUAUUUAUGAAUGUAGAAAUGUACUUUUAUCCUCAGAUGAUUACCAAUUACGUCAAAUUGCUAUAAAGAAUAUACGAAGAUAUCUUACGCAAAAUAUUUCACUAAGUCGAAUUGAAAUGGUGUUUGAACUUGAUAUUGACGAAAUACUCAAGACUAUUUUGGAGACUCCCGGUUAUGAUGAGUUAAAGUAUGAAGCUGCUUGGAUUAUCACCAACUUGGCUUAUGGAACAAGAGAGCAUACAGCAAAAUUAGUUGAUUCAGGUGUAAUUAAUUCGUUAGUCUAUUGCUUUCGAAAUUCAGAAAAUUUUAGAGUUAAAUCACAGUCUGCAUGGGCAUUAGCCAAUGUGUCUAUUGAAUCACCUUCAUAUCGAGAACGUAUGGCUCAAAGUAACUUGAUAAGUGACAUUGCACAAGCGUUGACUAUUAAAUGUGAAAUUGUCUAUAAUAAAUUAAAUGCGGAGCUUGAUCAGGAACAGAUCCCAAUCGAUGAACGUGGACAGAUUAGAUGUAAAAGUAAAGAGGAUAGCGACGAUGUAAAAGAUCUAACUUGGUCUUUGGCAAAUAUAUGCCGAGGAGGAUUCAAGACGAUUGAACAUUGGGAACAAUAUUUAGUAGCAGUCAAUGCAUUUUCUCAAUGUAUUCAUUUUGAUAAUGAAGAAAUUUGGACUGAAGCAUGUUGGGGAUUAUCAAGAAUUCUUAGUAAUAUGUACAACUAUGAUCCAUUUUUUCAUUCCUGGAAUUUACAUCCUCGAUUAUGUCCAAGAUUGGUUAAUUUAUUAAGAAAUCAACCUUCUGAUGCUAUUUUACCCGUAUUGCAAACUAUCAGUAACUUUUCUUCUGGACCUAAUGAAUAUAUUGAAAUUUUACUUAAUGCAGAUCUUUUAAAUAAUAUAUGGUGGUACUUGUCCCCUGAUACAAUACCACAGUUACGUAGGAAUGCCAUGUUAACUAUUUCUAAUUUGGCAGCAGGUAGUGAACAAAUGCUACGUAAAGUGGUUUAUAAUGAGAAUAUUAUGCAAGGAGUGAUAGCCCAUCUCGUUAUACCUGGCCAUAUAUAUUAUCCAGAAGAACGUAAUUGGUUUUCAUCAGCAAAAGCAAUUAAUCCAGAAUCUAAAGAAGAAUGGCGAAUACUUAAAGAAGCCCUUUGGGUUUUAACAAAUAUCACCACAUUAGCUAAUGAUGAUUGUAUUUGUGCUUUGUUAAGAAGUUAUCCCAAAUUAAUCAAGCUGUUAGCUUCAUUAUUAUUUUUCUCCAGAUUACCAGAACCUAUUAUACUAAAGAUAGUUGAAACAUUAAUACAUAUUAUUGACCGUACAAAUAAGAUUGUUGAAUUAACACCACCUGUACAACCUAUUCCAAGAAAUCAUUAUGCGGAAGAAAUGGUAAGAGAAGAUAUUAUACCUGCACUUCGCUUUUUAUCUCAGCAUAUAGAUGAUCCAGCACUUUCAUCACAAAUAGAGCUUCUUAAUGAACUUAUGAUGUCUAGCUUUCCUCAGCACUAUAAUUCAAAUGAUCAUCUUGCAGUCACAUUUGGAUUAUCUUCAAGAGGAAUUCAGUUAGCAAAACCUGACGUUAGACGUAUAGUGCAUGGAUUUGAAGAUGGUGACGUUCGAUUGAUUGAAGAUGCUAUUGUUAGAAUACAACUUUAAUCCUAUUAUUCCACACCACUCAGACAGAAGAAAAGAAAGCAAAAAGAAAAAAAAAAGAAAAAAAAAACUCGCUAGUUUUCAUGUUUACCCCUUUUUAUGAUACACGAAUAAUAUUUUCGCUCGAAAAAAAAACAUAAUAAUAA